CCGGCGGCCCCCCCUGCCCCAAACAAAAAAAAAACAAAAAAAAAAAAAAAAGGUCAAAGAGCUUUCUCUCUUAAUAUUUCAAACAAUCAAAAUUUAGUUUUUGUUGUUGCCAAAUUUACACUCAAAAAACCUCCAAUUUUCUUACCGUUUCAUAGAGACCCAGAGGCUUGUCCAAGCCCAGCAGGGUGUAAAGUUUAUUGCCUUCCAACCUUUUCAGUGUUUUCUGGAGCAACCCAUUUGAUUUUUUAACCAACUGGGUCGAUCCAGAUUGGUUCGAGAUUAUUGAAUUCAGGUAAAAUGUGGAGAAAUUCUAUAGCACUUUCCCUGGGAAAAUUUACUUUCUGCUUUUCGGAGGAUGAAAUUCUUGAUAGUUUUAUAGUGGAAAUGAUAGCUGAAGAUGAUGGAGAAUGGCCUUUUGAUCAAUAACAUUCUGUAUUGAAUUUAUUGGAAAUGAGUCGGUCUCCUUCAUUUUCAGUGAAGUCGGAACUCAGUCCAAAGCUUGAUCCAGAAUCCUUGAGACAAUGGGUUGUGGCCUUUUGUAUAAUUAGGUUUGAUCUUGAACAGGGUCAGCUUAUUGAAGAGUGUUACCCACCUGGUUGUCUUACAAAAGAUGAGGAACUUGAAAUUGCUUUUAGUUCAUUCCCUGAUUCUGUUUCCCAGAACCAAAACCGUUCAAGCAUUCAUGAUUGUAUUUUCUUUUUCCGUCUACGGAGGCGGGAAAAUUCUCAAGCAAGCAAUGAGGCUUCUACUGAGAUGACUACUGUUGAUAAGGAAUCAGCUAUAAACUCCACAGACAAAGGAUUCUCUAGAAGGUCGAAAAGUGACAAUAAUGCUAAUGUUUCAAGCUACAUGUAUGGUUAUGUUUUCAACCGACAGAGACAUGACGAGAGACUAAAGCGGGGUGGAGAACAAAAAUCUGUUGUAAUUUUAUCCCAUAAACCCUAUUCGAGUGUGUUUAAACCAUUGUUACAGAUCAUGGGCCCUUUGUAUUUUGAUAUUGGAAAGAGAGCUCUUGAACAUAUUGCUGCUUAUGUUUCAAUGUGGCCUGCUCCUGUACAUGGUAAGCUUAUGGAACUUCCAAUUGGGAAUGCCAUGCUAAAAGUGAACUUGCCACCUGCUCAUAGCUUACCGUUGGAAAGUGGAAUUUUGUUGGAAGAAUCCGCUUCUUCUAUGGCUCCUUUUCUUCCAAAUAAUCAGUCAAUUCCACAGGGCCUUUUUCAUGAUUCAGAUAUUUUUGGUAUUUUCCGGGCUCUUCUAUUGCAGCUUUGGGUGUUGUGGGAAUUGUUACUUAUUGGUGAGCCCAUUCUCAUCAUUGCUCCAACUCCUGCUCAAUGUUCUGAGGCUGUGGCGGGUCUUGUUAGUUUGAUUGCGCCUCUACUUUGUAGCGUCGAUUUUAGACCUUAUUUUACAAUUCAUGAUCCUGAAUUUGCCUACCUUAACUCACUUCAAGAAGGAGACACAUUUCCUCCAAUGCUUUUGGGUGUGACUAACCUCUUUUUCCUUAAAGCUCUGCGUAACAUCCCCCAUAUUGUUUCAGUUGGAAGCCCUGCUACUAAUUCAAACCGCUUUGCCCUUUCUAAUAGGUCUUCUACUGGCAGAAUUUCUGGUAAACCAGAAGUAUUUGGUCUUCAACAACUUUCCUUAAAAAAGUUCUCUCCUUCAAGUUUGUUAAAUGCUGUAAAGUUGAGGCGAGAUGGUCCCCUUUGUCUCAUGACAGAACAUAGGGAAGCCAUAUGGAGCACUUACAGUGCAACAACCAAGCCAGAUACAUCUAUCCUGAAUAGACUUAUAGAUGCUGGGAUGUCACCAAGGAUUGAGGAGUCAAUGUCUGUUGUUAACAAUGAAAUACUGCGACGACAUUUCUUGGAGCUCACAACCAAUUUUUUGGCACCUUUUGGCCCAUAUUUUAAGACUACAACACCAACAGAAGGGUCUUCUCCAUUUGUAGACCCUCCACUUCUUCCUCAAUUUAGUGCUGAUGAAUUUCUUGCAAGCUUAUCAGCUAGGGGACCAGGGAAGUUUAUGGCAAAGCGGAUGAGAUCUAACUGGCUGGACUUGUACAGGCGGUUUUUAAAUGGCCCAAACUUUAGACCAUGGUUUCAAAGAAGGCGCGCUGUUGCUGAACAAGAACAACAGAGACUAUGGAGGCAUGCAAGAAUGAAUGCAGACAUACAGAAUUUUAUAACAAAGAUGUCUGAACUUGAAGGUGUUGAUUCUUUCAAUGCAAUUGAGAGGCAUAUUCUUGGAGAGAUACAGCUGCAGCAAUCAGGAAAGGCAAGUGCAGACUCUAUUGCAACUUGCCAAAAACUUAAGGGAGAUCUACAGGCAGUAUUCCAUGUGCUCCCAAAGGACAUGCAGCAGCUUCUACUUCUCAACCCUGAAAGGGAAGCUCUUCUGCAAGGAAGUUCUGAACGCACAAAACUUCCAGGGCGCCCACUAAUAGAAGUCGUUUUGUCGUCAACUACACCAACGUAGUAUGCAAAACAUGGUUACAAGUAGGUUAGGCCCCCGGUAUGGAGGAGGACCUUUUAUGCUGUGAAAGAACAGCUGUUGUGAUUAUUUGUAGCUCAUCUGUUACUGGAGUGGGAGGGUUUUCUGAUCUUGAGCGUAGUUGUUCUACCAGGUAUGUGGUUCAUGUAUGGUGCUUCUUCACUUUCUAAUGAAAUCAUGCAACUUUGUUGUAUUUUCAUUUAUUUUUGACUUUUUGUAUUUCUCCAAUUUUAUUGAGAAAAAAGAAGAAGGAAAAAAUAACAGUUUGCACAAGGACCACGGAACUCUUGCCUGAAACACCCUGCUCCCCAGUUCAGUUCAGAUAGUUUCUCUUCUUUUCAACUGCAAAAAGAUUUUAAUUGUUUAUAAUUCCUGCGAACUCGGUAGUUGCUCUUCUUCUAAUAGAGGUUGAAGAUUCAUGUUGUUUUAUUUACCAUGUAGAAAUCAUUCAGGAUUGUAAAUUCAACAUUGUUUUCCAGUCUUUGCAAUGGCUUGUACCUUUUGAAUGGUGGAGGAUUGGUUGGUUCUUUCUUGGUAAAAGCAAAGUGAAAUUGAAAAUAGACCUUUACUUUCA